AUGCCGACAAAGACGGAAGAUCUAAGUUCUUUCCUUACCAAGAGCCUCAAGGACCCAAGUAUCUUUGUCAACUAUGGAAUUAUCAAUGGCGAAGAGAGAAAGGGCACCGAUGGGAAAACUUUCGCAAUUAGUGAGCCAUCGAGCAAAGAGGUUCUAGCAAACUGCGCAGAUUUAUCGAAGAACGAUAUCAUCGAGGCAAUUAACCUUGCCGUAACGGGGUUCGCCAAUUUCUCGAGCAACACUUCAGCGAAACAGCGGGGUCUCAUUUUGAAAGAGUUCUUUCGUUUGAUCAUCGCCAAUUCGGACGACCUUGCAAUGAUUUUGUCACUUGAGAAUGGUAAAACGCUUGCGGAAGCUUCAGGGGAGGUUAAUUACGCUGCCUCGUUUGUGUCUUGGUUUGCUGAAGAGGCGCCUCGAUCCUAUGGAGACGCAAUCCCAUCUUCGUACGCUAAUACAGAAGUCUUUACUUUCAAGGAACCCGUGGGCGUGUGUGGUAUUAUUACGCCAUGGAACUUCCCAGCUGCAAUGAUUACCCGUAAAAUCGCGCCGGCUUUGGCAGCAGGAUGCUCCGUUGUCAUAAAACCCCCUCGGGAGACACCAUUUUCAGCUCUUGCCUUGUGUAAGCUGGCUAUUAAGGCUGGUAUUCCCCCGGAUUGCUUCCAUGUUGUACCAACUACGGACCGAGAGGCUGCCUCUGAAUUGGCUAUCAACGAGAAGGUAAACAAGCUGAGUUUCACAGGCUCUACGGGCGUUGGAAAGAUGUUGACACGAUUGGCUGCUGGUACCAUGAAGCGUGUGAGCAUGGAACUUGGAGGGAAUGCUCCACUAAUUAUCUUGGAGGACGCCGAUAUCAGCAAAGCUGUCGCUGGUGUAAUGGUUUGCAAAUUUAGAUCUUCGGGUCAAACCUGUGUUUGUGCCAACCGUAUCCUUGUACACCUCGAUAUCAAGGAUCGUUUUAUUGAAGCCUUAGUUGACAGGGUAAAUGCUCUCAAACUCGGCAGAGGGAUAGAAGGAGGCACAACCCAAGGACCAUUGGUAAAUGCUGCUGCAGUCAAGAAGGUAUCAGAGCAUGUCCAAGAUGCUUUGUCUAAAGGAGGAGUUCUGCAUGCUGGUGGAAAAGAACAGGCCCAUCUGAAUGGCUUUUUUUACGAGCCAACUGUCAUAAGUGAAGCCACGACUAAAAUGGAAGUUGCCCACGAUGAAACAUUUGGGCCACUCGCAGCGAUCUUCAGUUUCAACAGCGAGACAGAAGCGUUGGAGCUGGCCAAUGCCACCAACUAUGGUCUCGCUGGAUAUUUCUUCAGCGAGAACAUUGGACGUGUAAUGAGAGUUGCUCGUAAGCUUCAUUGCGGAAUGGUCGGUGUGAACACCGGCCUUAUCAGCGCUGCCGAAUCACCAUUCGGUGGUGUUAAGGAAAGUGGAAUGGGCCGUGAAGGGAGGAAAUAUGGGCUGCAGGAGUAUCAAAACAUCAAAUGCGUCACUAUUGGCAAUCUCCAGGAAUAG